CCAGUUUUUCUUUCUCAAAGUGGAGCCGGAGCUUUUCUCUUUUGAGCCAUGGCGCUGGAGCUUGUGAAGGAGGCACGGCCUGUCCAAUUGCCGCCCAGCAGCCUCUCUUCGCCGGAGUGGUGCGAAAGUAUUCGAGAGCUGCUGCAGAAUGACCAGGCCCCAAGGGCGCUGAAGGCGGCGGACCGCGCCCUGCGGGACUCCGUGAAGCGCAAGGACAAGGCCGGCGAGGCCCGCGCGCGGCAGAUGCAGGUACGUGUCCUCUUCGACCUGCCCGGCGAGGAUCCCGACGACAUCGCAGAGGUGGCCAAAGUUGCGGCGAAGUCUCUCAAGGGCGUGGAGGACAUCAAGGGCGAGCUUUGGACGCUGCGGGUCUUGGCGCUCCUCGACGCGGAGGCCUUGCGGGUGGACGACGCGAUCGAUGUGGGCAACAGGAUGCUCGCCAAGUCGCGGGAGGCGGACGACGUGGGCUUGGAGGGCCUGGCAGAGCUGACGCUAGCAGAGGUGACGUUGGCCGGACUCCGCGUGGAAAAGAGCAAAGACCACGCAGAGAUGGCUCUGCAGCUGUUCCUCCGAGCGGGGGACCGGUGUGGCCAGGGCGCAUGCCAUCAGGUGCUGUCGGACCUGGCACGCCAGGACAGUGACGCGGACAAAGCCCUGGAGGCGGCCUGUAAGGCCCAGAAGUACUUCGUCUCUGGGGACUUGCACGUGUCCCGUGAGAUCAGCGGGGUGGCAGGGGCGCUCUACAGACAGGCCCUGGCGCAACUGGAUCUGGCGGAGGAGAUUGAGGCCCUGCGCACCGCUGAGAAGGCGGUGGAUGCGUGCUUCCAGAUGUCGGCGAGGGACUGGGAGGCGCAGGGCCUGGUGCUGGUGGCCCAAGCGAAGCUGGCGGUGUUCGACGCGAAAGGGGAGGAAGGCAACAUCAACCACAGCAUCCUCAAGGUGGCACAGAUUGGUGCGGAUCGAGUUGCUCGCCACCGCCCCAAGCACCGGACCCUCAUGGCGCAGGCUUUGGUCACCUUGAGCGACGCCCUGAUCCGCACUGGGGGCCUUCACAGCGCAAUGUCUGCGGCCAAGGACGCUAAGCUGUUCUACCAAAAGGCGGGUCUUGAGCUGCUGGCGGCCAAGGCCCAGCUGAAACUCGCAGAGGCGGAGGUGGGUCUUGGCCGAGGUGAGCAGGCGAAGGAAGACUUGACGGAGGUCUUCAAGGUCUUCGAAGCCCACAAGUACUUUGACGGCCAAGAUCGCGCCUUGGAUCUCCUGGAUGGCGCCCACAAGCAACUGGGCCUGCCCACCCGCGCGGAGCUCGCGAAGGAGGAGCAGAAGAAGCGCCAGGAAGAGCUGCAGCGACAGCAACAGCUUUGGGCGCAGCAGUAUUACAGCCAGCAGCAGCAGCAAGGCCUGCCAGCGCCGACCCCACAAUGGAUGCUGCCGCAGGGCGAAGGUGACUCGGAGAUCGCCAAGCCCAAGGUCACCAAGGAGAUCACGCGUGAGAGCAGUCCAUUGGACCUGAAAGCCGGCAUGGACGUGGCGGUGCUGAAGACCAAGGUGAGCCAGAUUGCCGCGGUCAUCAUUGGCGAUGAUGAAUUUGAGGCCGACACGCCUUUGAUGGAGGCCGGGCUGACCAGCAACGCGGCUGUGGCCUUGAGGGAUGAGCUCUCGAAGGAUUUGCCAGGCAUCAAGCUCCCGCACACCUUGAUUUUCGACUACCCUUCCGUGGCGGGCAUUGCCGACUUCGUCGUGGACCAGAGCCACAUGAUCGCUGGGUGAUGCGCGCUGAAAGGUGCAGAGACGUGAAGUCGCUCGAGCCCAGUCGGAAAA